AUGAAGAACUGGAGAAUUUAUAAUGAGAAUGUGAAACAAGAAUUAGAAAUCACUCAAGAGGCUUUGACAAAAUUUCAAACCUCUCACAAAGUAACCACCAAAUCUGGUAUAGAACAAGAAGAAUCACUGUUGUAUGAAACAGCAGCUUUAGAAUCAUCACUAAAUACCACAAUCAUAGAGCUUGAAAAUGAUACUAAAUCGUUACGACAAGAGUUGGAACGUGUUCGCAUGGAGCGAGAUCAAGCCAUCCAAGAAAAUAAUGACUUAUCAAGGUUGAGUAAUGAGUCUAAUCAUGAUUCUAAGCAACUUCACGCAGAUCUACGUGAAGUCAAAUCCCGUGAAACUCGACAAAUUGCUCAUUUGAAAUCUUCUCAGGUUGAAUUUGAAGGGGCAAAACACGAAAUACGUAGACUGCAAGAAAAUGUUGAACUGCUGUACUUACAAGUUGAUGAGCUAGCUAAGUUGAACAAAAUUGCUGAAAAACAAAUGGAAGAAGCUCUGCAAUCAUUACAAGGUGAACGCGAAGCUAAAUAUGUGUUGAAAAAAGAACUUGAUCAACGUAUCAACAAUGAAUCGGUUUACAAUCUCAGUAACUUAGCUUUUAGCAUAAGAGGUAUGGGCGGAGACCAAAAUGUUGGUAGCGAUGACAAAGAUGAUUUGCCUGUGUUACGUAAACUUGAAAACUAUAUUGGAUCAACUAUGGAAUUACCAGAAUGUGGAAAACAUGAUUUAUUUAGUGAAAUACAUCUCAAUGAACUGAAAAAACUGGAAAAACAGUUAGAACAAGUGGAAAACGAAAAGAGCUUGUUGACACAGAAUCUUAAAGAGUCUCAAUCAGCGUCUGAUAAAUGCAAAUCAGAUUUGGAAAAUUUAGCAUCUCGUAUAUAUAAACUUGGAUCACACAUAAGGUCUUUGGAACAUCUUGGUACUCAAACCAGUAAAGUAGAUUCUGAACAUAAGACUGAAGAUGGAAAAUCAAAUGCAACUUUGGAAUAUUAUCAACAAUGGUUUGGUUUAGCAUCUAAAGAGAUUGACCAGCUUCACGGUGAUCUAGAAGAACUUAAAAGACAGUUAAAUUCAUCUGAAGAAACCUUAUCAUUAAAAGAUGAAUUAAUCAUGCUCAAAAAUAAAUUAUUAGAUAGAGAACAAAAGACAAUGGAACUUGAGUCAAAUGUUCGCUUGUUGGGAGAACUGGCUACAGAUGCUAGUGCUUCUUUAGAUAAUGCGCAAAAUGACCUUGUAGUCAUCACUGAUGAAUUUGGCUCAACUAGCUCUCCAAAUGUCUGUGUUGAAUGGAAAAUCUAUAACAUUAAAUACUAUUGUCGUAAAAACAGCAAAAGAACAGAAGAAAAUGAUCCUCGCCUGGAUGUAUUACGAACGCGACUCAAGUCUGAUGUUUUCAUAAAAGAAUUAGAAAGUCUAACUGAAGCUUCAUUCGUAGCUAAAAGUCUGAGAAACAUACUUGAUCAAAUCAAAUUGCUUAAAGAAUCUGUAAACACAUCAAUAGAUAAUGCUAAAGCUGUUUUGUAUACCAUCCAGACACACUUUCUUGUUCGCAAAGUUUUUUUGAGGUACAACAUGAUGAAGAGCAAAAGAACGAGAUUUCUAGCAGUGGUAUAA